CGUUCACUGUUAGAGGAGCAAUGGCUUCUUGCCUUAGAGCUUUUGCCAUGGCUUUGCUUCUCUCCACAAUUCUUUUGAAGUCUGAGCUCUCAGAGUCCAAGCAUGCAGGCAUAACCAGGCAUUACAAGUUCAACAUCCGGCUUGAGAAUGUGACUCGGUUGUGUCACACGAAGCAAGUGGUAACGGUGAAUGGGCAGGUACCUGGCCCGAGGAUCGUGGCUCGAGAGGGUGACCGACUCCUCAUUAAAGUCAUCAAUCACGUCCCCAACAACAUUACUAUUCACUGGCAUGGGGUCAGACAGUUGCAGAGCGGAUGGGCGGACGGGCCUGCAUAUGUAACCCAAUGUCCCAUACAAACAGGCCAGAGCUAUGUCUACAACUUCACAAUUAUCGGUCAGAGAGGGACAUUAUUUUGGCAUGCACAUAUAUCGUGGCUAAGGUCCACAUUGUAUGGUCCCAUUGUUAUACUGCCCAAGCUAGGCAUCCCAUACCCCUUCCCUAAGCCCCAUGGGGAGGUUCCCAUCAUCUUUGGAGAAUGGUGGAAUGUGGAUCCAGAGGCAGUCAUCAGCCAGGCCUUGCAGAUGGGUGGUGGGCCGAAUGUGUCUGAUGCCUACACCAUUAAUGGGCAUCCAGGACCCCUUUACAACUGCUCAGCUAAAGACACAUUUAGACUGGAAGUGGAGCCCGGGAAGACAUACCUCCUCCGGCUCAUCAAUGCUGCACUCAACGACGAGCUCUUCUUCUCAAUUGCCAACCACUCGCUCACAGUUGUGGAGACAGAUGCUAUUUAUGUCAAGCCCUUUGCUACUGAAGUUGUCCUCAUCACUCCAGGCCAAACCACCAAUGUCCUCCUCACUGCAAAGUCCCAGCCUCUUGGCACCACCUUCAUCAUGGCUGCUCGUCCUUAUGUAACAGGCCUAGGCACAUUUGACAACUCCACCACUGUAGGACUCCUCCACUACAAUAUUCCCUCUUUCAUUAACUCCUCUGCAUCGAGCCCCAAGCUCCCCCUCCUCCUCCCCACCCUUCCUCCCUUAAAUGACACUGCAUUUGCCACCAAUUUCAGUAGGAGGCUCCGUAGUCUUGCCACAAACCAAUUUCCUGCAAACGUUCCCCAACGGGUGGACAAACGGUUCCUUUUCACAGUGGGACUUGGGACUAGUCCCUGCCCCAAAAAUCAAACAUGUCAAGGGCCUAAUGGGACCAAGUUUGCAGCCUCAGUGAACAAUGUGUCCUUUGUGCUCCCUACCACUGCACUGCUCCAAUCUUACUUCUUUGGCCAAUCUGUAGGAAUUUAUAUAACAGAUUUUCCUGAUAACCCGCCCAUACCCUUUAACUACACCGGAUCGCCCCCUAAUAACACAUUAGUCCGUUUUGGUACCAAGGUAGAGGUACUAAAGUUCAAUACGAGCGUUGAGGUAGUGCUACAAGAUACUGGUAUCCUAGGAGCAGAGAGCCACCCCUUGCAUUUGCAUGGGUUUAAUUUCUUUGUGGUGGGGCAAGGAUUCGGGAACUACAAUCCCUCCAAGGAUCCUGCCAAAUUCAACUUGGUAGAUCCGGUGGAGAGGAACACCGUUGGGGUACCGAGUGGUGGUUGGGUGGCAUUGCGGUUCCUUGUUGAUAACCCUGGUGUGUGGUUCAUGCAUUGCCACCUCGAGGUGCAUACAAGCUGGGGCCUCAAGAUGGCUUGGUUGGUCCUUGAUGGGAAGCUCCCAAGCCAAAAGCUUCCUCCGCCUCCUUCGGAUCUUCCGAGCUGUUAGAUCCGAUUUGCACUGUCCGAUCUUUUGAGCUGUUAGAUCCCAUCAGCAAUGUCUCCGAUUCAACUGUUCCCAAUUUUAACUUAUGCCUUUUUGUUCUUUUUAUGUUUCUAUUUCUGGGUUUUUUGUAGCUAGAACGGAGGGUUAAGCCAGUUCCUUGGUUUCUUUCUCUGCUGAUUGCUAGCAUAUGCCUGCAAU